AUGAUUAAAUUAAUAGGUUUAAGUACUACAAUUAUUAAUUUAAUUAUUUCUUUAAUAAUAUAUAUAUUAUUUGAUUUUAGUAGUAAACAGUUUCAAUUUAUACAAGUUCAAGAACAUUAUCAAAUAAAUUAUUUUGAUAUAUAUUUAGGAGUUGAUGGAAUAUCUAUAUAUUUUGUUUUAUUAACAACUAUUAUUACACCUAUUGCUUUAAUAUCUAAUUGAAAAUCGAUUGAUGAAAAAAAUGUAUUAUCUUUUGUAAUAAUUAUAUUACUUUUAGAAGCUUUAUUAUUAGGAGUGUUUUUAGUAUUAGAUUUAUUAUUAUUUUAUAUAUUUUUUGAAAGUAUAUUACCUCCUUUAUUUUUAUUAAUAGGUUUAUUUGGAUCAAGUAAUAAAGUUAGAGCUAGUUUUUAUUUAUUUUUAUAUACUUUACUAGGUUCUCUAUUUAUGUUGCUUUCUAUAAUAACAAUGUCUUCUAUAAUGGGGACAACUGAUUUUGAUGCAUUAUCUAAAGCAAAUUUUAAUUAUAUAACUCAACUUUUUUUAUUUUAUGGUAUAUUUAUAUCUUUUGCGGUAAAAACACCCACAAUUUUUUUAAAUACUUGAUUAUUAAAAGCUCACGUAGAAUCUCCUUUAGCUGGUAGUAUUCUUUUAGCUGGUAUUGUUUUAAAAUUAAGUUUGUAUGGUAUAUUUAGAUUAAUUUUACCUUUAUUACCUAAAGCUAGUAUUAAUUAUACUUAUAUAAUAUAUGUUAUAGGUGUAAUAACUAUUAUAUAUGCUAGUUUUAGUACAUUAAGAACUAUAGAUAUUAAAGAACUUAUUGCUUAUUCAUCAGUAUCACAUGCUGCUGUAUAUUUAUUAGGUGCAUUUAGUAAUUCAAUUCAAGGUAUAGAAGGUGCUAUUUCUUUAGGUUUAGCUC